AAAAAAGAAAAAAACCCUCAAAUCCACAUCCUUGACAUUUCUCUCUCUCGACACAGCCGCCCGUCCCCUCCCCUUCCCCACUUCCGCCUCGACGCCUCUCUCUCUAGUACAGCCGCACGCCUCCCCCCGCCCCCCCGAUCGUCCCUCUGCUCUUCACGCUGUCAACGUCGUUGCUGCGUCCGCUGGUCCUGGUUGCUUCUUCGCUCUCCUCCGCCGCUCCCUCUGGUCCUCGUCGCUGCAUCCGCUGGUCCAGUCCUUCUACCGUCCGGUGCUAAUCCUCGCCGCUGGUCCUCGUCCUCAAUCACGCCUCUUCUGCUCCUCUCCACUCUAGUCUAGUCCUCGGUCACGGCAGGAUAGUGACAAGAACAAAUAAUAGGAACCCUUCUUUCAAAUAGCAGAGGCCAAGAUGCAAGUUGUUCCUAGAGAGGGUGAUAAUCCUUUGUCUGUCUCUGGUCCAAGGCCAAUGGAAUGGUCUACUGUUCCUUAUACUGGGCCACAAGGACCUGGGCCAAAUGGAAAGCAACGUACAUCGAGCUUGGAAUCGCCCAUCAUGUUACUCACUGGUCAUCAAAGUGCUGUGUAUACAAUGAAGUUCAAUCCAGCUGGCAAUCUGAUUGCAUCUGGAUCUCAUGACAAAGAGAUCUUUCUAUGGUAUGUACAUGGGGAGUGCAAAAAUUUCAUGGUUUUGAAAGGGCACAAGAAUGCAGUACUGGAUCUUCACUGGACUACUGAUGGAUACCAGAUAAUAUCAGCUAGUCCUGAUAAAACAGUCAGGGCAUGGGAUAUUGAGACAGGGAAACAGAUUAAGAAAAUGGCAGAGCAUUCAUCUUUUGUAAAUUCAUGUUGUCCUUCAAGGAGGGGGCCUCCACUCAUUGUCAGUGGCUCUGAUGAUGGAACUGCAAAACUUUGGGAUAUGCGACAGAGGGGUGCCAUCCAAACAUUUCCAGAUAAGUACCAAAUCACAGCAGUCGGCUUUUCUGAUGCAUCAGAUAAGAUCUUCACAGGUGGUAUAGACAAUGAUGUUAAGGUUUGGGACCUGCGGAAAGGUGAAGUAACCAUGAAACUCGAAGGCCAUCAAGAUAUGAUAACUAGUAUGCAGUUGAGUCCUGAUGGCUCAUACCUUCUUACUAAUGGUAUGGACUGCAAGCUCUGCAUUUGGGAUAUGCGCCCCUAUGCGCCACAAAAUCGCUGCGUUAAGGUACUGGAAGGGCACCAACACAACUUUGAAAAGAACUUGUUGAAAUGUAGCUGGUCACCUGAUGGAAGCAAGGUUACUGCUGGUAGUUCAGAUCGGAUGGUCUAUGUAUGGGACACAACUUCUCGACGUAUAUUGUAUAAGCUUCCUGGCCACACAGGAUCUGUCAAUGAGUGUGUCUUCCACCCUACUGAGCCUAUUGUCGGAUCUUGCAGUAGUGAUAAGCAGAUUUAUCUUGGGGAGAUCUGAUUUCCUUGUUAGCAGUGUGUAAACGGAAUUAAUAUUAGCAAUGAGAAUAUUUUGGAGGCCUGUGUAUCUGUACCCAGCAAAUUUGUUGAAUAGAUUGUAUUCCUCCUGUAGUUUUUGGCUAACUUUGACUUCUUUACUGAUAAUGCUGUAUUACUUUUGUUGAAAUGUCAAAUUUCUAAUGAUCA